GUUUAAGAGGCCUCAAGAAUGGCUCCCCACUUGGCUGCCGUGAUCUAGGUUUUCCCAGCAAGAAACGAGGAGUCAAAUCUUCUUCUGAGUUAAUUUCAGAUCGUGCAGAUCCAAAGGACCAUGAUGUGAUACGAUCUAGAGCGCAUAUAGAAAGGAAGGAGAGAUCCUAUUUCAUGGCUAACGGCAAUCAGCAAACAAAAAUUUCAAAGCAUACACCCAGCGCCUACAUUUCAGAUGUCAAAGGUUUGCUUUCUACUGGAGUCCUAGAUGGAUUAUCUGUGACAUACAAGAAGGAUGAGGGAAAGAUUCAUGGAAUUAUAAGCUUUGCUGGGUAUCGGUGUGGUUGUUCCUCAUGUAACUAUAACAAAGUACUUUCUGCUCUUGAGUUUGAGAAGCAUGCUGGGGUGACUUCAAAAAACCAAAAUGAUCACAUAUUUUUGGACAAUGGGAUAAGUAUAUAUAAGCUUGUGAGAAAUCUGAAGAAUAGACAUAUCAAGCUUGGUUCACUUGAUAAAGUGAUAGAAAAAGAGUUUCAAAUUCAACCCAAUAAGGAGCAUUUUGAGAAUUGGAAAGCAUCAUUUCAAGUGAAUAUAAAUCAGAAGGAAACAAACAAAGAUGUGGGUGAGACCCAACUUAAUCAUCUGGAAACUCGUACUGCAGAUCACUCAGUUCAAGGCUUGUUCGGGGUAGCUGCAAGAAGUGGCACGAAUUCAGCUCGGGAUGUCACUAUGAAGUCGAACUCUUCAAGACCACUGGAAGAAUACAGCCAUUCACUAGUUUCAAGUGUCACUCCAAGUUCCAAAUACUUGUGGUCAACUAUAGAAGACAAUGCUCAUAUAGGUUCAAAUUUUAUCAGCAAUUUUAGAUCACUAGGAUCUACAGAAAACAGUGGUGAUCUAACACCAAAUGUUUGCAUGAAGCCUAGCUUUCCAGUGCCACCCAGCAAUGGAAUUACUCAUGUAGCUUCAAGUCUUAACGAAAAUUCCAUCUACCCACAGCUAGGUAUGGUAGGCAUCAUUAAUUCGGUUCUUCCUAUGAAGACUAGUCCCUUAGGGCUUGCUAAAGAAAUUUCUCAUACAACCCCAGGAUUCACUGUGGAAUCUAUUUUUUUAAGGCCAGCUGAAUAUGAGUUUGGAUCAGAUCCUAUUAUGACCAUGGAAACUAGUUCCUUUCAGACAGUUAUAGAAGCAAGUGCACAUCUGGCAUCAAAUGUUGCUUCAAAUGUUUGCUCCUCAAAUUCAGGUUUAGAAGAUCAAAAUUAUCCAGAUCCAGUCAUGGAUGAGCUACUCUCAUUAACGCAACCUACUGAUGUAGUUUCAGAGAUCACUUUGAAUCAAAGCUCAUCAGGUCCAGCAAAUGAAAAUGAUGUUGAUCCAGCUCCAACUAUCUUUACAGAACCUGGCUCAUCAGUGCCUGCUGUUCAAGAAAGCGCUCAUCUUUUCUCAGGUUUAUCUUCAAGUCUUUGCAAAGAUUCAGAUCUCUCAGCACAUGAUGCAUGUAUUAAACAGUUACAGAGCUUAUGCAUCUUGGAUGAUCAAUCACGGUUGGCAAAAAGGAUGUUGACAUUGCCAGAUUUACCUUAUUUGUCAAAUUCCAAUGGCAACCAGCUGAAACUUAAUGUUACAGCUCAAGGUGGUUCAAAGCAAAGGGAUUGCAGUUUGCACCAAUUGAUUUUCAAGGAAAAUGGUCUUCCAAAUGGAUCUAAAUUGGCUUACUGUGUAAAGGGAGAGAAAAUAAAAACAGGUUAUAAAUUUCGAAAUGGUUUAAUAUGUGAUUGCUGCAAUGUAGAGAUGAGCCCUUCGCAGUUUGAAGUUCAUGCUGGAUUCCAUAAAAGGCGCCAACCCUACCGCCAUAUAUAUACUUCUGACGGGAUAACACUGCAUGAAUUAUCGAUUGCUCUGUUUAAUAGUCGGACCUUGACUUCGAGCUGCAGUGAGAUGUCAUGCACAAUUUGUGGAACUGGUGGAGAACUGGUCAGCUGUGAUGGUUGCACUAAGUCCUUUCACACAGUUUGCUUGGAACUACAGAGUGUUCCUGAUAGUGGAUGGUACUGUUCCUGUUGCAUGGAUCUCAGAGUUAGAUCUGGUUCUGCAAUUCCAUCUUCAGGUGCUAUCAGUUCAGAUAAGCUCCGGUCAAGACUUAUACUUAAGGCUGAAACAGAUCAACUUCUUUGUUGCACCCUCUGCAAGGAUAGCUCCUUCAUUCUCAAUGUUUUUGAUGCAAAAACAAUUAUAUUCUGUGCGCAAUGUGAAAGAGAAUACCAUAUUGGUUGCUUAAAGCAUCAUGGAGUUUGUGAUCUAAAGGAAGUCCCAAUGGAGUGCAAUUGGUUUUGCUGUGAAGAUUGUGAUGUAAUCCAUGCUUCUUUGCGAAAAUUAGUCAAUAAUGGAGAAAAUUUUGUGCCUUACUGGCUAUUGAGUAUGCUCAAGAGAAACAGUUCACUUGGAGAAUUUGCUGAUGACAGAGAAGCUGAUAUCCAUUGGCAGAUUUUAAGUGGAAAAUAUGUGAGAGAUGAUUUGCUGUUUCAUAAGAUCAUUGGACUUUUUCAUGAAGCAUUUGAUCCUAUAGUUGAAGGAGGCCAGGACUUACUAUCUGCUAUGGUUCACGCUGAAGAUGUGGCAGGCAAACUGCUUGGAGGAGUAUAUUGCACAAUUAUAACUGUAAAGUCAGUCAUCAUAUCAGCUGGUCUUUUUAGGGUAUUCGGUCGGAAUGUUGCAGAACUUCCAUUGGUAGUCACCCAUGAAAAAUACCGAGGAAAGGGAUACUUUCGAGUUCUAUUUUCCCUAGUUGAGCGAGUACUGUAUCAUUUGGAAGUCGAUCACCUGAUAGUUCCUGCCAGCAAGGAAGUCCAGUCUCUAUGGAAGGACAAGCUUGGGUUCGUAGAAAUGUCAGAGGAAAGGUUGCAGGCGCAUCUAAAGGAUUAUCCACUGGUGAUGUUCGAAACGACAACCAUGCUAGAGAAGGCAGUUCCUCGUUCCUUUUGACGAUUGGAAGUGAUCUCGGUUUUCUUACAAGCAGCGGCCAUGAUAACGAACGAAACCUGGGUGAGCCAACCAUGCAUGCAUGCAUUCGUGGUGCAAUAUGAUGAGAGAUUGUUUACUUGCAUUUUUCAUAUUUUAUAGUUCACCUUAAUGCAACAUUCAAUACAUUUAUUUAUUAGUUAAAUCUCUGAAAGAAACGAUUGACUUGUUUUUAACACUGCUGAUCGAAAGACAAUCUAAUUGCUUUUUCUCAU